AUGUCAAUUGUUACUAUUACUAGUUUGGGUGAAGAAGAUCUUGGGUUUUAUGAAUCACAUGAAAAUAAAUCAGAAAAAAAAAAUAGUUUAAUAACAGGAUACUUGAUUGCAUAUAAUGUUUUGUCAACGAUCAGUUGGUCAUAUGUUUUGUAUUUGGCCUUAUAUCAAUUAUAUGUAAAUCAAGGAGAUUAUACGAAAACUUAUGACGGAAUAGAACGAAUAUUGGCUUUUGUUCAAACUGCUGCAGUUUUGGAGGUUCGAUCUCAUUGGGCAUUUACAAGUAUGACAAUUGCAUGGUCGAUUGCUGAAAUUGUUAGAUAUUUAUAUUAUGCGUUUAAUCUUAUCGGAAAGCAACCAGAUCUAUUGUUAUGGUGCAGAUAUACAUUUUUCUAUUUAUUAUAUCCAGUUGGAGCAGGAAGUGAAGCAGUACUUAUUUUUAAAUCUAUUCCGUAUUCAAUACAUAGAGCAUUCUAUUGGCUUCAAGUAGGAAUUUUAUGUGCUUAUCUACCUGUAACUAAUUCUUGA